ACAGAGCCACCCACAGCGUCCCGUUGAACGCCGACCUCCCUGCCACCAGCGCCCCGUGCUCUUGCUCCUCCAGGAACAAACACCAUCAUGUCUCGCCAGUCCAGUGUGUCCUUCCGAAGCGGGGGCAGCCGCUCUUUCAGCGCCGCUUCUGCCAUCACCCCAUCUGUCUCUCGUACCACCUUCAGCUCGGUGUCCCGCAGUGGUGGUGGUGGUGGCAGGGUCAGCCUUGGUGGCGCUUACGGAGCCGGGGGCUAUGGCAGCCGAAGCCUGUACAAUGUGGGGGGCUCCAAAAGGAUCUCCUUCAGUUCUGGCGGAGGUAGCUUCAGGAACCAAUUUGGUGCCGGUGCUGGAGGCGGCUAUGGCUUUGGAGGAGGAGCAGGCAGUGGAUUCGGCUUUGGUGGUGGAGCUGGCAGUGGCUUUGGCUUCGGUGGUGGAGCUGGCUUUGGUGGUGGCUAUGGUGGAGCUGGCUUCCCUGUGUGCCCCCCUGGUGGCAUCCAAGAGGUCACCGUUAACCAGAAUCUCCUCACACCCCUGAACCUGCAAAUCGAUCCCACCAUCCAGCGGGUCAGGACUGAGGAGAGGGAGCAGAUCAAGACCCUCAACAACAAGUUUGCCUCCUUCAUCGACAAGGUGCGGUUCCUGGAGCAGCAGAACAAGGUCCUGGACACCAAAUGGACCCUGCUGCAGGAGCAGGGCACCAAGACCAUAAAGCAGAACCUGGAUCCGUUGUUUGAACAGUACAUUAACAACCUCCGUAGACAGCUGGAUGGGGUCAUGGGGGAGAGGGGCCGCCUGGACUCGGAGCUGAGGAACAUGCAGGAUCUGGUGGAGGACUACAAGAACAAGUACGAGGAUGAGAUCAACAAGCGUACCACGGCUGAGAAUGAAUUCGUGAUGUUGAAGAAGGAUGUGGACGCGGCCUACAUGAACAAGGUGGAGCUAGAAGCUAAGGUUGAUGCCCUAAUGGACGAGAUCAACUUCAUGAAGAUGUUCUUUGAUGCGGAGCUGUCCCAGAUGCAGACACAUGUCUCUGACACAUCUGUGGUCCUCUCCAUGGACAACAACCGUAGCCUGGACCUGGACAGCAUCAUCGCUGAGGUCAAGGCCCAGUAUGAGGACAUUGCCAACCGCAGCCGAACAGAGGCUGAGUCCUGGUACCAGACCAAGUACGAGGAGCUGCAGCAGACAGCCGGCCGGCACGGAGAUGACCUCCGCAACACCAAGCAUGAGAUCUCAGAGAUGAACCGGAUGAUCCAGAGGCUGAGAUCCGAGAUCGACAAUGUCAAGAAGCAGUGUGCCAACCUCCAGAAUGCCAUCGCCGAGGCUGAGCAGCGUGGGGAGCUGGCUCUCAAGGAUGCCAGAAACAAGCUGACUGAGCUGGAGGAGGCCCUGCAGAAGGCCAAGCAGGACAUGGCCCGGCUGCUGCGCGAGUACCAGGAGCUCAUGAACACCAAGCUGGCCCUGGAUGUGGAGAUCGCCACCUACAGGAAGCUGCUGGAGGGAGAGGAGUGCAGGCUGAGUGGAGAAGGAGUUGGACCAGUCAACAUCUCUGUCGUCACUAACAGCCUCUCUUCUGGCUAUGGAGGAAGAAGCAACAUUGGCUAUGGCUCUGGCUUGGGCAGUGGCAUUGGCGGUUUUGCCUCAGAUAUCGGCCCACUCUUGAACAGGCGCGGUUUGGGUAGUGGGCUCAGUGUGGGGGGCUCCGGCUUCAGUGCAAGCAGUGGUCAAGGUGGGGGUUUCAGCAGUGGUGGUGGCAGCAGCUCCAGUGUCAAAUUUGUCUCCACCACCUCCUCCUCCCGGAGGAGCUUCAAGAGCUAAGAAGAACCUGCUCCAAGACCCUGGCCUUCACGGGCAGCCCCAGGCCCACAGAGACUGCAUCUUCUAGGCAGUCCCCCAGACCAAGUCUUCUUUUUUUCUGGAGAGUAGUCUAGACCAUGCCUGCUGCAAAACCACAUGCUUUGGUUCCUGGAAGGGAAUAAAUCCCAACUUCUGGCCUCCCCAUGCCUCAGUUCUUCAUCUUGUUCCAAGUCAGUACCUACGUGUGUUCUUUGAUAACCCAGACAUCCAAAUUGUUGUAGAACGUAAACCACCAAAGCAGACCCCACCCCCACCCUGGCACCCACCUUAACUCUGUCCUGGUUCUGACGUCCUCCAGACUGUGUCCAAUAAAGCUUUUAUAAUAUAA